AUGAGCAAACAUUCAAGCUCUUCUUCAUCACUUUCCCAUCAUUCAUCAAGGAAUUUAUCCCAUUCAAGUAGUAGUAGUAAUACAAAUAAUAGUGGAGGGAAUUCUUCUGGGACUGUAAGCUCUAAGGAUGAAAAUUCUAGUAGGGAUGAUGUUUAUGAUGAACAAAUGACUGAAAAUCCGAACGCUUAUUAUUGUGCCUUGAUUAAUAAGUGGUUGGAUCAAUAUACAACAACAGUUCAUAGAAGAGUUUCAUCGAUAACGGAUUGUUCUCCAUCACUGUUUAUAAUUCUAUAUGAAUCCAUUAGUAAAGACAAUCCGAAUACAAAUCCUAAGCAAUACCCUAAGUUUAUUAGAGACAAGACAUUAACUAUAUCUCAAAAUCAAUACAAUCUGGUGGAAUUAAUAACAUACCUCAAAGAAAAGUACAAACAUUCAUUCAUAUUGAGGAAUAUUGAAAUACAUAAAUUAAUAGAUAGAGAACCCUAUGAAAUUAUUAAAUUCCUUGAUUGGUUUAUUCAAUUAGAAAAGAAGAGAGUUCAUGCCUAUAUUCCCCAAUUGGAUGAUCCUUCAUUCCAAUCACAAGAAACACCAAAGGAUGAAACCUUCUCAAUCAAACACAGAAAGAAAAUGCUCAAAAUUCAGAGAGAUAAAUUAGAGGAAGAACAUAAUUCAUUCAUUCACAAAACAAUGAUUAAUGCACAAGCUAAGGAAGAAUCUCUCAUGAGACAUUAUUUAUCACACAGUAAUAGAAUUGAAAAGGAAAAUUUAGUUUUAACUGUAAAUAGUUUAAAGAAGAAAGAACGUGAUAUGCAAUGUAAAUUACAAGAUAGAAAGGAUUCUAUUUCUAAUUUUUAUAAGGAUCAAAUGAAUAUUAUUAGGGAUAAGUUAGAUUCACAAACUAAGUUAGAUAAACAUGUUUCAAGACAAUUAUUCUUGGACUUUGAUAGAUUACAAAGAGAAUUUUACACUCACAAACAAAAAGAAUUGGAACUUAGAAGAUUGAAAUACAUGUCAAAGAGAGAAAAGGAACAAUUUCAAAUUCAUUCAAAGCUUAAAACCCUUCUAGAUCAAAACUAA